AUAAUUAGAAUCUGUUUGGUACGAGCUAAUAUUACAUGUGUUGUUUAUUUUUAGAUUUUUCGCGAAGAUUGUCUCAAGUUUUUUGAGAUGUCUUCUGAAGCAACUGGGAGAGAUGAUGGUUCAGGGGUAAACGAAUCACAAUUAAAACAACAAUCUGGUCUCAGAAAACCGUUUCAAUCGACACAGGAAAAACUCCAAAAUGGACUUGAUUCAAGUAAAAUGCUCCAGAGCAAUCUCUCAGUGAAUGCACCAGAAUUUGUACCCAGAAAGACCACAUUUUCUGUAACAGCUGCCGAGUUUGUUCCCAGACAGCAGCCAUACCCCCAGUAUUCACAGAAUUUGUUUGAAAACUUCGAGAAUUUGCAGAUCGGGGGCUACCACCAAGUGACUGCUGAUGAGGUUCUGAGAAAUUUCAAGGCUACGCUGACCUCGCUGAUUAGGCAGCCGGGUAACAUGGAGGAACUGAUGAGGGGUGUCAUUGACCUAAUGUUCCAGCUUCCAGAGUCACAACAAUCCAUUUUGGACACAGUAGUAGAUAUGCUGUUUGAACAGUGUGUCAGAGAGCCCAACUUUCGAUACACAGGUGCACGGUUAUGUAGACUGUUAUGUAAAGAAUUGAAGCGUCAUCCCAUGUUUAAAAAUUUUAGAACAGCAUUUCUUACAAGAUGUAAAGAAGAAUACUUGAAGAAAGAAGAGCUUAUAGCAAAUCCGAAUACAUUGGAUCGUCUCUGUGGGUUCACAAUGUUUAUAGGGGAACUCUUCCUCAACCUAGAGGUUGAAUCGGCGAAUGGUGAAGUACGUAAGAUAGAAAUACUGAGGAGCCCCGUCCUGAAGGAUCUUUUGUUGAUUCUGUUAUCACAUCCCACAGAUUUCACUGUGAAAUGUGCCACACAGUUACUGAAGCUGACUGGUUCUACAAUCGAGGAUACAGCUUAUUUAAAUCCAUCUCCGGAGGGCUCUUAUGACGAAGUAUUCUUACAGAUUCGACAGUUAGAUACCUACCCACACCUUAACAAAACUAGCAAGUGUUUAAUAAAAUCAGUGUUAAAUUUAAAAGAUAAUAAUUGGGGAAGAUCACGAUCAUCCAAUCCAGCAACUCCUGAGGAAUCUUACCAACAAAACUUUCAACAGGCAGCAGAAUUCACACAGAAUGACCCUGUGUUCUACAACCAGCAUGGCCAACCAAUCACAGCUGAGGAGGCGGGCUAUUUAGACCAAGCUUACAAUGCCUACUUGCAGGAGGAGGAGGAGGAAUAUGCUCGCUGGGAGGCUGGAGAACUGGAGGAUGGAAGACGGUGGGUGGAAGGAGGGGACUACCAAGCCUGGUCUUCCGACCCCAACCAGUUGGAGUACAAUGAUGGAUAUUAUCAGACAGGGCCAUACAGUGAAAAUUACAUGGAUGAAGAGAUAGAAGCAGCAUAUGAAGAAUUCCUCCGACAACAGCCACCCCACCAAUAACGAAUCAUGUUGUCCUGUUGACAGAUUCUGAGACAUCCUUUUGUACAUGUUGUAAAUUUUUCAUUUGGAAGCCAAAAGGAAGUGCUUAUUUACUUUUUGAACAUCCAGAAUUAUGUUAAAAUUUACAUUGUUUUCAUUUACUCCCUACCGAGAUGGUAAAGGAAAUACUGACCUUAGAGUCUCAAUGUACAUAAUGCAAUGUCAUCUCAUUGCAAGACUGCAAAUAAAGAGAGGAUGACCAAGGAUUUUAGACAGUGCCUUAAAACUGAAUGAAGAAAAGGCUGACCGAGAUCAAUUUGAAAACAUUAGGUUCCAACUAUAGAUAAGAUAGUGCUUGAGGCAAUGUAUUGUUUAUUCCAAUAAUAUAAUAGUGGACUUUGUAAUUCAGAAGUUUAAGGAAAUACUGACUGCAUAUGAAAAAUUAGUGCAAUAGUAUACAUCUAAAGAAGUAACUAGAAGUUCACAUCACUUACGGAACUAAAUUCAUCUUACAAAAAUCCUUUUGAGGAAAUGUAUUAUCUUCCUUGGUUCUGACAAAGUUUAAUAAAACUCCGAAAACGUU